UACAUCUUGAACGGGCACACAGCGGCUGCUGGUACACUCUCUCACUCAUUAGUGUGUAUUUGGCAUUACUGCGUCCAGCAUGACGGUGGGAAGGGCUGCUUCUCCCGUGGAAAGGUAAUUUGAUUAUCAGCAUGCGUAGAAGUGGAAUAAACAAGGACGACACUCAUCCAGCUGCUGCCGCCGCUGUCGCUAGCUCGCUAGCUCCCGUAGCUCACCAGCCUGUGGGGAACGAGCUAACCGUGUAACGUUAGCUAGCCAGUCGCCGUCUGGCUAGCUACAGCCAACCUCCAAGACGUGGAAGUUGAUAAUUACCUGUACCUGGCUGCUUAGCCAGCUAGUUGCCUGUUUGGUGUAACGUAAAGGGACAAAAUGGAGCUAUUCCAAGCCAAAGACGAGUACAUUCUUCAAAGUGGAGACCGUGCUCUGUGGUGCAGCCGAAAAGACGGGACCAUUACAGUCAGACCUGCAACAGACCUGUUGUUAGCUUGGAAUCCAGUGUGUUUGGGUUUGGUAGAAGGUGUCAUUGGAAAGAUACAGCUUCACACAGAUCUUCCUCUCGGCCUCGUAUUAAUCCGUCAGAAAGCACUGGUGGGCCAUUUACCAGGCAAUCACAAAGUCUACAAGAUCACCAAGAUAGCUGUCAUUCCACUUUCUGAAGAAGAGCCUCAGGAGCUUGAGCUGGAGGGGAGCUUCAUGGAUGGUGAGACAGAAUAUUUUCAACUUUGCAAGAAGCAUCACUUUGGAAUCGACAAACCAGAAAAACUGGCCCAGUCUCCCGAUGAGUCAAAGUUCUUGAUGAAAACAUUUAGUCAGAUCAAAUCUAACGUUGCUGUGCCCAUCAAGAAAAAGUAUUCCCCUGCCUUCCAGGUCAAGGAAAACAAAGAGAAGGAACGUCUGGAGAGGCGGCUGCUGGAUGAACUGUACAAGAUAUUCAUGGACUCGGACUCCUUCUACUACAGCAUGACCUAUGACCUGACAAACAGUGUCCAGCGUCAGGGAGACUCGGAGAAGUCCAGCUUACCGUUAUGGAAACAGGUGGAUGACCGUUUCUUCUGGAAUAAACACAUGAUCCAAGACCUUAUUGACCUUCAGGUGCCAGACGUCGACUUCUGGGUGAUACCAAUCAUCCAGGGCUUUGUACAGGUGGAGGAACUGGUGGUGAACUACAAUGAUAUGUCCGAUGAGGAGAGGAGCAGCCCUGAGACCCCACCACAGGAGGUCACCUGUGUUGAUGACAUCCAUCCCCGCUUCACUGUGGCCCUGAUCUCCAGACGCAGCCGCCACCGCGCAGGGAUGCGGUACAAACGAAGAGGAGUGGAUACCGAUGGGUGUGUGGCUAACUAUGUGGAGACAGAGCAGUUGAUCCAUGUGCACAGCCACACUCUGUCCUUUGUGCAGACUCGUGGCUCCGUGCCUGUCUUCUGGAGCCAGGCGGGGUACCGCUACAACCCUCGGCCACGCUUAGAGAAAGGAGAAAAGGAGACAAUGUCUUACUUUUCUGAGCACUUUGAAGAACAGCUUAAACUCUACAAGAAGCAGGUCAUCAUUAACUUAGUGGAUCAAAGUGGACGAGAGAAGAUAAUUGGUGACGCAUUUUUGAAGCAAGUCCUGCUUUACAACAACCCAAACCUCACAUACGUUUCAUUUGACUUCCAUGAGCACUGCCGAGGUAUGAAGUUUGAGAAUGUUCAAAUACUGACUGAUGCAAUCUCUGAUAUCAUCACUGACAUGAAGUGGGCCUGGGUGGAUCAGGCCGGAGUUAUCUGCAAGCAGGAGGGUAUCUUCAGAGUCAACUGUAUGGACUGUCUUGACAGGACCAACGUAGUCCAGGCUGCUAUCGCUCGGGUGGUGAUGGAACACCAGCUGAAGAAACUGGGUGUGAUGCCUCCAGAGCAGCCCCUGCCUCUCAAAUGCUACAGGAUUUAUCAGAUCAUGUGGGCCAAUAAUGGAGACACCAUCAGCAGACAGUACGCAGGGACAGCAGCACUCAAGGGAGAUUUCACCAGGACGGGGGAGAGGAGACUGGCUGGGGUGAUGAAGGAUGGUGUGAACUCAGCCAACCGCUACUAUCUGAACCGCUUUAGGGAUGCCUACAGACAAGCAGUCAUUGACCUAAUGAUGGGCCUGCCAGUGACGGAGGACCUGUACUCUAUCUUCAGUAAAGAAAAGGAGCAUGAAGAGAAGGAGAAAGAGAGCCAAAGGGGAGCGCAGGAGCAGGUCAGCCUCCUGCUGCAGACCUACAUGCAGCUUUUACUGCCUGAUGACGAGAAGUUUCAUGGAGGUUGGGCUCUCAUCAAUUGUGACAUGAGCCUCAUUGAUGCAACCAACAAAGACGUGGAUGUGCUGCUGCUCCUGUCUAACAAUGCCUAUUACAUUGCUUACUAUGAUGAAGAAGCAGAUAAAGUCAACCAAUACCAGCGUCUCAAUUUGGAGGGUUUGGAAAAGAUUGAAAUUGGUCCAGAGCCUACUCUGUUUGGGAAGCCAAAGUUCUGCUGCAUGCGUUUGCAUUACAGGAAUGAAGAGACAAGUGGAUACUUUCACACGCUGAGAGCAGCAACACGAAAUCCUGAGGAUGAUGGAAAAGACACAUUACAGUGCAUAGCUGAGAUGCUUCGCAUAACUAAACAGGCCGUGGGGCUGGAUCUGCUUGUGGUUGAAAAGAAGCUGGAGCGGCGGCAGAGCAAACCUCAUGAGGAUAUAAUGGGCAUCCAGAACAAACCUGCUGACCACGUCCAGGGUAGUUCUGGUCUGGCGCAGGGCAAAAGCUUCCUCCUCAACAAAUUCUCCUCCCUCAAUCAGAAAGUGAAACAGACCAAGACGAACGUAAACAUUGGCCCCUUCAAGCCCCUCGGUAGGCUGAGCAACUUCUCUAAACCUGAUGUAAAAGAUUUCCUAAAGCCAACUAUGCAUGUCAACCUGUGGAAGUCGGACAGCAGCUUGGAGACAUCAGAUAAUAACCCUGGUACAGGAGCUGUAAAAGAUAUUGGUGACGAGCACUCUGAAAUAUCAGACUCUGACUCCUAUAAUUCUGACCCAGAGCACCCGUGUUCUGGUUCUUUAGAAAAUGUGGACUAUGUGCUGCCCAGCUGUGGCAUAGUAGCAUCAAACCCACGACUGGGCAGCCGCUCCCAAUCUAUCGGUAGCGUGGAGCUAAAUAUCCCUUCUGUUAUUCGGGUCACUGGCUGUGACGGAAAGCAGGAAAGCUCCUCUCAAGUCAGUGAUGACAAGUCCCCAGGGGCCGCCUCGGUGGCUGAAGAAGCCAUUCUGAUUGACUUUGGUACUCCCAUUGAUGCCUACUGCCACCAGUUUGUCCAGGAUGCACAAACCAAACCUGUGGAGGUGUUUGGAGAGCAGCCACCAGCUGCUGUCCCCCAACUCAACCCUGCGGUGCCUGCGCAGAAGAAGAUCCUAGCAGACCCAGACAAGCAGCCAAGCUCUGAACCGCAGCAUCAGAAGGGGGAGCCCCAGCUCCCUAGGCCUUCACAGCUAGACGUCGAGUCCACUACCUCCUGUUCCAACCUCCUCACCGUCCAGAAGCCCAGCUCUGCUGCCUCAGGUGGCUCUCAGAGGAGUCUGAGUUCACUGAUGGAGGGCAGCCUCGGCCCUUCGCCUGCCGACAGCAACGGCAGCCGAGUGGUGUCCCCCUUUGCCAAGAUCAAGAGCUCCAUGGUCCAGGUAGCCAGCCUCACCCAGGCGGGACUCACCCAGGGCAUCAACUUCGCUGUGGCAAAGGUACAAAAGAGCCCAGAGCCAGAUACUAUCAACGAAGCCCAAGAGAGCGAGCUGAAGGCAAUGUUUACACAGUGCCAGACCAGGAUCAUUCAGAUCUAGUGCUUUCCUUUGUAGCAGGAUUUUGUAGUCAGAUGUCAUGUAGAAACUUCCUGUAUGGUAGCGGUAGCAGUAGCAAAAGCUUGCACAUAGCGGCACUACUCGGCCAAGAAAUGCACUCCUAAAUUUGCCCUUUAGUUAAACUUGCCCAUGUUAAUCAUGACUCUUGUAAAGAACCUAUAAAUAUAUACUGAGGCCCAACAUGACAGUGACCAUGUUUACAUGCACACAAUAACGGAUUCCCUUACCCUUAAGAGAGCACUGAUUAUAUGGUCUAGAUUUUUGCUAUGAGGGAGGUUUAGCUCGUGUCCCUUUUGCCAUGCAACAUUGCACACUGAUAUUGACAUUGUCAGGUGCUCUUUCUUUUAAGUUUAAAUAAUCAAUUGUCCACAAUAUAUUCCGUUCUUAUGGAAAUUGUAAUAAUGCCGAUGAUAUGACAUUUCUGAUGUAAAUCUCAGAAUACCAGAGCUUAGUACCGAGGUUUGAGUAUGAAAAUGGCACAUGAUAAAUGCUUAAUUCUUUGGGGAAUCUGUUAUAACUCCCAUGUGUCAGUGAAAAUUGUAUACAGCAGAACAUUUGAUUGAAAUAUGUGCAUGUACAUACAAAUCCUAAAUCACUCUAAAAAAUACUGCUACCGUUGAAGGAAAUAGUUCUGUAAGUCCAGUUUUCUUGUGAAAUUUCUAGGAUAUUCUCAUUGUGAUUACCUUAAGAGACAAAUAACUAAGACAUAAGAAGAUAAGACUUUUUAAACUCCUGUACUUCCAGAGUGGUAUGCAGAGCAUUUUUGUGCAUGUAAACAUGUGACUACCCUUAGUCUGAAAAUGGACCCACAGUGCUUGCAUGUGAGGUCAAUGGCGACUGAUUUUUGACAAGGCAGGUCAACAUUAGCUGCAUGUUGAAAGACCAACUCUGAUGUUAUCAUGUACUGUAAUGUCAUCAUGUACAGUACGUGCAGGUCACUUAUUGGCGUUUGUGAAAUAGACCUCGUAAUAACUUUCAAUUUGUAUGUUGUUGUAGAAUCCGACCAAAUAUUUUGGGGUUCCCAAAGGACAAUUCUGUGUUAACUAUUACCAUUUUUAUAGCUGUCAGAUACUAGCCAGACGACUUUCUGUACGUAGUUAUCCUAUUUAAUAUCAGUGUUGUCAAGUGUAACUUAGAAGAUAUAGCGUAUAGAAAUAAUGACUACACAAGACCUUUAGUAAAAGUAUCCUGGUU